AAUACUAAUACUGUCUCUACCAGCAUACCUCCCUUUUGGCUGCUCCCUGGCCUGCAGUUAAUUAAUAACUGGACUUCACAUAAUACAUGUAGAUAACUGAACCAGGAGACUAGAGCGCCUGUCAGUGAAAUAUUGGCAAAGACAAAUGCCAGGGGUUAAACAUGUUCUCCCUGUUCUCCGCUGUUCUCCCUGGUACUGACUGACUCUCAAGUUAAGAACCGUCGGAAAAUGGGUCUCAGAUAUAAUCAAAGUAAGACCUCUUCUAUUUGUGAGGGGAAGGUAUGCAUACCACGUGGUUCAUAAACUAGAGCAACUUCUCCUUUGGGACAUGAAAAAAAAAAAAAACUGAAGCCCUUCAGAUACACAUCAGCACCAUUUCAGAUGAAGUCACACGCACUAAUAUGACAGCAAUGUCUUCUUUCCCUUCACUUGCUGAGAAGCAAAAGAACAGAAAACCAAUUGUGUGGCCAUCAGAAACAUCAAGCUGGGGAGAUGCACCAAGUUUCUCAUUUGACUACUAUGACCAUAAUGCUCGCAAGCAGGUCGGAACAUUAUCAGAUCAACGUGAUACACAGUAUCAGGAACUCAACAGCAUGAAACCUGUACGCCACUUAGUUCCUGACUCCUGGAAGAGAUUUUUUAGGAAAAGCAAGACAAAAGGGGAACCUUUUGCAUUGAAAAAUUUGCCAGUGGACCACAACUCACCACCAAUUACACCAUUACUAGAUGCUAGCACAGACUCCACCUUGGAGAAGAAGAGUGGUAUUCUCAAUGCAUCAUCAAACAGUGUUAAUCCUGAUCGUUAUGUUACCAAAAAGAAAAUUCCAGAUUCUCUGGAGAGGAAGAGUGAGAUGAACUCAAACUAUGGAGAAAAGGUAGAAGCAUACAGCUUAAAAUACUCUUACAUGAAGUCCUGGCCUGGUUUGCUCAGGAUCCUGUCUGGAGUACAGUUAAUUUUGGGUGGUAUGGUUUUUGCCUGCACAUGUGCCUAUAUCCAGAAGGACUACCAGUGGUACAAUCUCUUUGGUACUGAACUCCAAAGAACGUUGCCUGGUGGCUACAGCUAUUACGGUCCAAUGACUCCAUUUGUGAUAAUUGUUACUAGUUUGGUUUGGCUGGUAACUUUGAUACUGUUGGGGUUGGGUCUGACCAUGUACUACCGGACUAUUCUUCUUAACUCUUACUGGUGGCCUCUCACUGAGUUUGCCAUCAACAUCGUCAUGUGUCUUUUGUACAUGGCUGCAGGCAUUGCUUACGUCAACGACUUAAAUCGUGGUGGCCUCUGCUACUCUAUGUUUGCUGUCAACCCACUGAUGGUGGCAUUCUGUAGGGUGGAAGGGGGUCAAGUGGCAGCUAUAGCCUUUCUCUUCUUCAACAUGCUUCUUUACUUGUUCGGCUCUUUGGUGUGUCUCAAAAUGUGGCGACAUGAAGAGAGGCGAAGGCAGGCUGAAAAGGUUAAGAGAAUGGCUAGGACAAGAAGAAUAUACUUUCAAGAUGAAGUUCAGCAUUUAGAGGACGUGAAAGGAAAAGUCACCAAAACUAUCCAUUUCUUAGAGAAAGGCAGUGACUCUGUAGCUCUUAAUCGCUCCAUCCCCGCAGGUCACCGACCAAAGCCUCAUGUGGUGCCGGAUUAUGUUCUAAAAUAUCCAGACAUCCAGAGUCCAGAGGAGCGGGAAAAUUAUAAAGCCGUUUUUAAUGACCAAUAUGCUGAGUAUAAGGAGCUUUACAACGAGGUGAGAGCAGCAUUACUGAAAUUCAAAGAGCUGGACAGUAUGAUGGAAAAAAUAACUAGUGGACCUCAGAGUAAGAAGGCACCAGAUAGGAUAAAAGUAAUCGCUGAAAAAUAUGAGAAGAAAAAAAAUGAUCCUGCAUUCGUAGAGAAACGGGAGCGCUGUGUCUAUUUAAAGGAUAAAUUAAGCCAUAUCAAGAAGCAGAUUCAAGUCUAUGAUCAGCGUAAAGGAGCUGUAUAUUUCUGAAAUAUGACACAAAAACCACUGAGAACGAUGCAUUUAAUAUAUUCAGAGGUUGAUCCAGAACUGCAGACCAAAUUUGGAAAAAGUGAAAGGGAGGAAAAAAAGAUAUAGAGGACUGAUUUACUAAAGCAGCCCUUCCCAAUCUUUUUACCCCAGGGGAACCAUUGAAAUCAUUUUUAGGUCUCAGGGCACCCUCAGACAAAUCUAAUUACACAGGGUCAGAGGGAAAAAUGUCUCUUACAUUGGUGAUUAGUAAGAAGAAUGCAUCCCAUAAAAACAAUUAAAAUCAUCAUCAGUGUCCUGCUGCUGGCACUGCCAAGUGGUCUUGGACCCAGAAUUAUGCAGGCACCAUCAGAUGGGAGGUCAGUCAGCCACAGCUCAAGGAACCUCUGGAGGAACCCUAGUUGAGAAUGGCUGUACUGAAGGAAAAUAAGCUGUUUUCUUAGCUUAGUGAAUGUUAGUAAAUGGGGUAAAAGUACCCAAUCAUGUGCAAGGGAAAAAACGUUUUUUUUGUUGUUGCUAGAACAUGAUUGGUUUAUUUAUACAUCUUCACAAUAGUCACUAAUGUCAGUGAAUGUUGACCUUAUUAUGCAAAAAGUUUCUAUCCCUUGAGCAAAUUAACCCAAGUUUACUACUCUGCACUACAACACCAGCUAGCCUCUAAUUGCUAUAGACAACAUUCAUUUAUAUUUUCAUUAGCAGCACAUUUCAGUUUAGUGUGAAUAAGAAAUCUGUGGGGCUAAAUUGAAAUCACAGAGAAAUACCAAAUUGACUGUAUAGUUUGAUGCCGCAUACACACCAUCACUUUAUGUGAUGAAAAAAAACGAAAUUUUCUGUGAAGUAAAAAACGUCGUUUUUG